AUGGUAACACCAACGUGCCGCCUCAAGGGCUUCGAGAUUCUUAGACAGGAGGAAAAGACCGACCUCGAAACCAACAAAGUAGUUGGUCACCCUGGACUCGAACUUGAAUUCGAAACCAGCUUCAACAUUGUACCCCCAGUUCUUGUCAUACACCGCAACCGGCUUCCUCCAAUGGUUUCAGACAAAAAAGGGACGAUUGUUCUUGAUUUGGACGAAACCCUGGUGCAUUCAAGCCUCGACCCGCCUCCACCAAGGUACGAUUUCAUAGUGUCGAGAAAUAUGGACGGGGUGACGAUAAACUUCUACGUGUUAAAACGACCCGGGAUCGAUGAGUUCUUGGAGACGAUCAGCAAGAAAUACGAACUUGUUGUGUUCACGGCGGGGCACGUAGCGUACGCAUCGAAGGUGCUGGAUACUCUUGACCCGAAGGGGCUUAUAUCGCACCGGCUCUACAGGGAUUCAUGCAAACAAGUGCGAGGGAGAUUCGUGAAGGACUUGUCACGGCUGGGGAGAGACUUGAGGAAGACUGUAAUCGUCGAUGAUAACCCAAAGUCUUUUGCAUUGCAACCCAAGAACGGGAUCCCCAUAAAGCCGUUUGUUGGUGAUCAGCUUUGGGACAAUGAGUUGAUGAAGUUGACGGUGUUUUUUGAGACAUGUAAUGUCUUUGAAGACAUGAGAGAUACCGUGAACCAGUACCUCGGAAGGUGCUGA